UCCUCACAGCCCUGCUGAGCCAUCUGUCCCCUCUGCAGGUAAAAAGGGUGCUGAGGCCAAGAAAACCCAGCCCAGCCCUGGGGACAAAGCCAACCAGAAGACCCUCAGUGCUGGACCCCAGAGCGCUUCAGCAACCAAGGAUAAGGCAUCUGACAAACCCCAGAUGGCAGCCGUUUCCUGCGCCACUGCUCCUGCGCCACAGCGACUGACCAUCCUCACCAGGACGGGGAGAAAGGAGAAAAAGAGGAAGUGUUGGAGCUGUGUGCUGCCUGAGGAAUUGCUGGUGGAAAUCAUCUCUGAACGGCUGCGGCUGAGUGACUGCUACAAGGGAGUGGUGUUUGAUGGCCUGGAGACCCUCUUUGCAAGCAGCCUGGCAUCUUCUCUCCUGUGCGUGCUCAAAGCUGUCAGCAAUUGCCCUCAUAUCCACGUUGUGAACAUCUUCCAGGAUUCUGAGUUUUGGAAAGGCAGGCAGAUAGCUGCAAGAGAGAAGAGGGCAGCUAAAAAAGAGUGGAAAGCAUGGGAGAAGGAAGAAGCUGCCCGGAGAGAGGAAGAACGUCUCUGGGAUGUGGAUGUGGACGAGUAUGAAGCCCUCUCUGAGAAGCAGAAAGCUCUGCUUGAUUACAAAAUAGAACAAAUCAAGCAUGAGCAGAAGGAGAGCCGUGAGCCCUCUGGCUUAGACAUGGCCUGCGGGGAGCUGGGCUCUGGGCUUGCCUUGCCACUGCCCAUGGAAGUGUCUCGAA